AUGGCGAAACCAGAGUCCAAGGCCGAAUCUUCCAAGACAGCCAGCAGUGGCAUCAAGCCAAACCCAAAUGCUGCUGGAGGAGCAAAUUACGAGUUGCCUUGGUACAGUCCACUUCUCUCUCUCUCUCAGUCCAUCCCAACUAACAAGGGCGGCAGGGUCGAAAAGUACCGCCCAGUCUACCUCGACGAUGUCGUCGGCAACACUGAAACAAUCGAGCGCCUCAAGAUUAUUGCAAAAGAUGGAAACAUGCCACACAUGAUCAUCUCGGGUAUGCCUGGUAUCGGAAAGACGACCUCGAUUCUCUGCCUUGCGCGGCAGUUGCUCGGCGACGCAUACAAAGAAGCCGUCCUUGAACUCAAUGCCUCUGACGAACGUGGUAUUGAUGUCGUGCGUAACCGGAUAAAGGGCUUUGCGCAGAAAAAGGUCACUCUGCCGCCUGGGAGACAAAAGCUGGUUAUUCUGGAUGAAGCAGACAGCAUGACGAGUGGUGCACAACAGGCGCUUCGACGGACAAUGGAGAUUUACAGUGCGACCACAAGAUUUGCAUUCGCAUGCAAUCAGUCCAACAAGAUCAUCGAGCCGCUGCAGUCGAGAUGCGCCAUUCUACGCUACGCCCGUCUCACCGAUGCACAAGUCGUGCGAAGAAUCAUGCAAGUCAUUGAGGCUGAAGACGUAAAAUACUCUGACGAUGGCCUCGCGGCGCUGGUUUUCUCUGCCGAAGGAGAUAUGCGACAGGCAAUCAACAACCUGCAGUCAACAAAUGCGGGUUUUGGAUUCGUCAAUGGAGACAAUGUGUUCAAGGUGGUGGAUAGCCCGCAUCCCAUCAAGGUGCAGGUAAUGAUUAAGGCAUGCCACGAGACGAGAAUCAACGAUGCAAUGGUGUCGUUGAAGGAGCUAUGGGAUCUGGGGUACUCAUGUCACGACAUCAUCAGCACCAUGUUUAGGGUUACAAAGACGAUCGAUACGUUGAGCGAGCAUGCGAAGCUGGAAUUCAUCAAGGAAAUCGGCUUCACACACAUGCGCAUUCUCGAAGGCGUUCAGACUCUCCUCCAACUCUCCGGCUGCAUCGCGCGCCUCUGCAAAAUCAACAUGCAACCACAACUCUUCGUUCUACCAUCAAAGUCGAAAUAG